CUUCUCAUUUCUUUGCUUCUGAGCAGCUAUAUAAAUAUCCGUCUUCCUUUCUUAAUUUUUAUUCUAGCUUUCAUCUUAUCUCUUUUUUUUCCCUCUCUUUAGAGUUUUUCACCAGUUAUUAUUAUUCAUUAUUUUCAAUCUUCUUUAUUAUCUUGAUUUUUUUUGAGUAUCAUAAAACAAAAAAAAAGAAUUCAAUAAUAAUCGAAAUUUAUAUCCUCAUCAAUUACCUUUGUUUUUUUGCAUUCUAUCUUGCUAUCUAUCUUGCUAUCUUAUUCGAUACCAAUUUUAAAUUUUAAAUUUAAUAUUUUAAUUUCUAAUCACUAAUCAAAUAACCAAUAAUCAACCAUUAAAAAUGCCAUCUGAACCAGAAUUUGAACAAGCUUACAAUGAAAUUGCUACCACUUUAAAAGACUCCACAUUGUUCGAGAAACACCCUGAAUAUAAGAAGGCCUUGAAAGUUGUUUCCAUCCCAGAGAGAAUUAUUCAGUUCCGUGUCACCUGGGAAGAUGACGAGGGCAACUUGCAAGUGAACAACGGUUACAGAGUUCAAUUCAACUCUGCUUUGGGUCCAUACAAAGGUGGAUUACGAUUCCAUCCAACUGUGAAUUUAUCGAUAUUGAAAUUUCUAGGUUUUGAACAAAUUUUCAAGAAUGCCCUAACUGGUACCAACAUUGGCGGUGGUAAAGGUGGAGCUGAUUUCAAUCCAAAGGGUAGAUCAGUUGCCGAAAUCCGUCGUUUUUGCUGUGCCUUUAUGGGAGAAUUACAAAGACACAUUGGAGCUGAUACCGAUGUUCCAGCCGGUGAUAUUGCUGUUGGUGGAAGGGAAAUUGGAUUCUUAUUUGGAGCCUACAAAAAAGCCAAGAACGUUUGGGAAGGUACUCUUACUGGUAAGGGAUUAGCCUGGGGUGGUUCUUUGAUCAGACCUGAAGCCACUGGAUUUGGAUUGUUGUACUAUGUUGAGAAUAUGGUCAAGUAUGCCACCAAGGGUGAAGAAUCAAUUGCAGGCAAAUUGUGUGCCAUUUCUGGAUCCGGUAAUGUUGCUCAAUACGCCGCUUUUAAAGUGUUGGAAUUGGGAGGUAAAGUAUUAUCAUUGUCAGACUCCAAGGGUGCUCUUGUGACUGAAAAUGGAUUGAAUUAUGAACAAGUCAAAGCCAUUCAAGAUGUUAAAGCCGACAGAGGCACCAUUGAGCAAUUGAUCAGUGAAAACAAGUUGUUUUCUGACCCAGAUAUCAAAUAUUACCCAGGUGAACGUCCAUGGACAUAUGUGAAGAAAGUUGACAUUGUUUUGCCAUGUGCCACUCAAAACGAGAUUUCAGCUGAUGAAGCCAAAGCAGUGAUUGCAGCCGGAGCCAAAUAUGUCGCUGAGGGAUCUAAUAUGGGAUCUACCCAAGAAGCCAUUGAUGUGUUUGAAGCUGAACGUUUAUCAGCUAAAGAUCUUAAAUUGUGGUAUGCCCCAGGUAAAGCCGCCAAUGCUGGUGGUGUUGCUAUUAGUGCCAUUGAAAUGUCGCAAAACUCUCAACGUCUUUCAUACACUGCUGAAAAGGUUGACAGUAUUUUGAAAGAUAUAAUGACAGACUGUUUCAACAACUGUGUUACUACAGCCAUUGAAUAUUCAUCUGAAAAGAAUGCUGAUGCAUUGCCAUCUCUUGUUAAAGGAGCUAAUAUUGCAGGAUUUGUUAAAGUUAUCCAAGCUAUGUACGAGCAAGGUGAUUUAUAUUAAGGUGGUUUGAAAUUUUAAUGGCGAUUUUAAUUUAGUUUAUAAUUUAUUUACAUUCAUGAUUGUUGUUUUUUUAUUGUUUUAUUUUAUUUUUUAUUUUUUAUUUUUU